UAUUUUAUUGUUAAAUGAACAACAAUACUUUUAAACUUUUUGUUAUUCACGACAGCGCAAGCGCAGCUCGUGUCCAAGGUGACAUAACUACAAACUUUCAAAUUCAGCUUUCCUGCUCUGCCCUUUUUCCAUGAUUUUGGUUUACUAGUAGUAGUAGAAAUAGUUUAUUAGUCCAAAGCUGAAACAUUUAAAAAAAAACAUGCCAUUGCAACUGUUCUCCAACAAGUUCCAGCAUCCGAAGCCGACUCCGAGGAAGAAGUUAAACUUUCACUCCACAGAAAACAAGACAGCCGACAAAAAGGGGGAAAAGGACACGAUAAUCAUCAAACUUGGUGAAAAUUCGGCUGAGUUCAUGAAAGGCGAAUGGAUGUCACUACCAACAAACCUAUCGAAAGGUAUACAUCAGGACUUUUCAGAUCUUCAAGAACAAGCACAACAAUUGAAGGAAGAAAACAACCUACUGACUAUGAAAGUCGAGGUGUUGUUAGACAUGCUCACACAGGCCACUGCAAUGUGCAACAAAAGGAAAAAAGUAAUCCGUGAACUUCAAAUGUUCAUCACAUCGAAAAUGGGUAUUACUGACGUCCUUUAUAAAGAAUCGGAUUCUGAGCAGACGUCCGAAGAUUCAAGCGAAGCCGAAGAAGAUCAAAAACUGACAGAUGAAGAGAAAACUGAAGAAGAAGAGGAGGAUGAAUGCAGUGAUUCAAUUGUUAAUAAAUAUCAGCUACAGAAAGUAACAUCUGCCCAGACAGUGUGUUGAAUAUAAUUGUCUAAAUAAAUUAUGUCAAAAGCUUAUUUUCUUAUAAAAAUCUAUAAAUUUAACAGACAUGUAAAAAUA